UUAUCAAUCAAUUGAUUUCAUCCAUAAUCAUCAUCAUUGAUUCGCAACAAAUUAGUUAAAAUUUCAGGUUUAUUAUCCGAAAUGAAUUUGCUCAUUUUUUAAAUACGUUUUUUUUCCUGAAAAGUUUCUACGAGAAAAAAACCCAUAUAUUUCAGAAUCCAUUUGAAUUUUUUUUCCACCUAUUGUUGAUCAUAAUUAAUUGAUAAAAAGAAAAUGAAAGAUCCAUUACUACGUGAUUGUCGAUAUUUAAAUCCAUCAUCAUCAUCAUCAUCAUUGAUGAAUUAUAAUAAUGGUAUGACUAGAUCAACAAUAUCAACUUCAGAAUCUGGACAAGAAUUAUGGCCAAUUGGUGUUAAACUAGGUAUCGUACGUUUAGGUUAUUCAGCUGGCAAAUUAAAAUAUACAUUGGUCGAUGAACAAGAUAUCGUAUUGGCAAGAGAAUAUACAUUUGAAGCACGUUUAGAAGUAUUAAAUCAUGGCAAUAGUAAUAAUUUCAAUAAUGUUUCCGGUGGUGGUGCUGUUGUAUUUGCAUAUGCAUACCAAACAAAUCAUCAUUCUACAUCGAUAAUCAAUGAUGAUAAUAGUCAAAUGAUUCUAUUACAAGAUUUAAUAUGGCGUCGUCAUUAUGGACCAAUACCUGAUAAUAAACGUGUUGUACAUCGUAAUCAUAUUUCAAUGGAUAAUCGUUUGGAUAAUCUUUGUUUAUUAGAUCUUGGUUCAAAUGAUGAUAAUGUUACUACACAUGUUUGGUAUACAAUGGCUAAUCAGGUUCAUCAUCAUAAUCAUCAUAAUCAUCAUCAUCAUCAUUCUCAUUCUCAUCAAAAUCAACAACAAGUUGUGAUUCAUCAUAAUAGCAAUAAUCAAAGGUCGACUACAAGAGGUCAUCAUUAUCAUCAUCAUCAUCAUCAUCAUCAUGAUAUCAAUAAUAAUCAAGUUGAUGGUCAACAACAACAACAGGUAAUGCCGGUUGUGGAAAAUCAACCUGCAUCAUCAUCACAACAACAACAACAACAUUUUCAACCACCUAAAUCAUCAUCAAAUGAUCUUCAUUUGACAUUAUAUUGGGCAGCUAUACAACAAUUACCACCGGAACAUUUACAACAACAACAGUCAACAUCGAACAAUAAUUUUGAUAGUCAAGCAGAAGUAAAUAGUGCUUCAAGAUGUUUUGAUUUUCGUGGAAAUUCCAUUAAUGAUCAAGAAUCAUCCUCAGAAUCAUCAAUAAGCUAUUUUGAAUGCCAUUAUGGACCAUGUGUACGUAUUGAACGUUGUCCAAGAGAAUUUUCAAUUUGUGGACGUUGUCAAGAAACAAGAUAUUGUGGUACAACAUGUCAACAAUUAGAUUGGCCAUAUCAUAAACGUUAUUGUCGUUAUAAAGCACGUCGUCAAUUAUUGGCACCAUAUUCAUAUCGAUCAUCAUCAUCAUCAUCAUCUACAUCAAACUCUUCUUCCACGAUGACUACGAAUACCACCAUAACAUCACCAUUAUCAUCAUCAUAUUCACCUCGUCAACGAUUACUUCGAUAAAUGUUGAUGAUGAUGAUGAUGAUGACGAUGAAAAAGAUCUCAGAUUUUCAUUGUGUUUUCGAAUUAGUUUACACAAAACAACAACGAGAAAGUGGAAAAAUUUCCAAAAAAAAAAUCAAAUUUGAUAAUUAAUGAA